UGACCCGACUCGCUGCCAUGAGAGAAUUAAACAACAAACCACCGUCAGAAUGGGUGUCAGCAGAGAGAAGAGGGCUGCUUCUCUAUAUGGGGUCCUUGCUUUGUCCUGGGCCUUGUUUGGCAUCUCUUCAGGCAACCAAGCGGGUCUGGCCAGGAAGGUCCUCUUCUUCCCGUUUGAGACGGACUUCAGCUUCGUGGCACUGAUCCCACAGAAGGAAAUGGAGCUGCGGGCGUUCACCCUCUGCAUGCGCGUGGCCACCGAGCUCCAGGGCGAGCGCCAGAUCAUCCUGUUCGCCUACCGCACGCCGGACUACGACGAGCUCAACGUGUGGCGCGAGAAGGACGGACGCAUCGCCUUCUACCUGAGCGGCGACGGCGUCUUCUUCCAGCUGCCGCCCAUCAACACCUUCCGCACCAGCCUCUGCCUCACCUGGGAGUCCCGGACCGGCCUGGCAGCGUUCUGGGCGGACGGCAGGCGCAGCACCUACCAGGUGUAUAAGCCUGGCCACACAGUGCGCCCCAAAGGCACCGUCCUCAUCGGGCAGGACCCGGACAAGCACCUGGGCGACCUGGAGGCCACGCAGAGCUUCGUAGGGGAGCUGACCGACCUCAACAUGUGGGACUACGUGGCGUCCAGGAGCAUGAUUCAGGCCUGGCACUACGGCCACAGGGUGCCCAAGGGGAACAUCUUCGACUGGGCCAGCAUCGAGUACGAGCUGAACGGGAAUGUGAUGGUGGUGGACGACGACUGA